UAUCUAUUCCAGUUCAUUGAAAGCUAGUCCCACUUGAGCUUUCUUUCCACAAAUCUCUCUUGCAUAUCUUCAAUGAAAACCUGAGUGUCACCAACUCCACCUUUCAGUUUCAUCUAUCACACACACACCCCACAAGCACUUAAAAAUCCACUUCUUGUAGUGCUCCUAAUCCAAACCACCAUAGAUCAUCAUAUUCUACUCUAUUCUGUUUCUUACACUACCAAUCUUUAGCAUAAUUCAGUCUUUGGAUUUGUUUAGUGCUUUUAAUAAAUCAGGCCUCACUCAAAAUCCAAAAGUUUAAGAGCACAAUGGAAUCUGAAAAUGGAGUUGCUAUGGAGGAUGAGAAACAUGUUAUUGGAGAAACAACUAAGGAGAACUUAAAUAUAGAAGUUGGCGACGGUUCUAAGGCAGAAAGCCAGACCAAGAAUGAAGUAUCUGAACCUAUUGGAGAAGUUGAAAGGCUAAAAUCUGCAGCAAGUAAAACCUCAAAACGUGCCAAGGAACCUGGUGGUAAAGGUGGUGUUGCUUCAAAGAACAAUAAAUCCGCCACCAAAGACAAAACCAAUUUUAAGGCCACAACUUCAUCUCAAACACACAGGCCAAACCUUUCCAAGAGCCUUUCUUUCCCAGCCAAAUCAGCUGGUGGAGAGGGUAUGAAGAUAAGCAUUAAUGGGACUCUUGUGAAGACAGAAAAUAAGCAUGUUCAAGGAAAUGGUGUUAGAGCUGAGGCUUCCAUUCGUCGUUCAAGCAAGUCGACAAACUCUGAACUGAGCUCAAAGGAGGCAAAAACAAACCCUGGAAAUUCUAACCAAAGGACUUCUUUGACAUCAGUGACUAGCAUUAAAAGCUCUGCAUUUGGAAGCUCUACCUCAGCGAAUGCAGUUGCCAAGAGCCUCAAAUCUGAGGCAUCAACACCUGUUGACAAGAUUUCCAACCCAGCAAAAACUGAAAAAUCAAAUAAAGAGGAUGAUGAUGCUCAUUCUACAACAUCAAGUCCUACUCCUCAUAGGCGGAGCAGUGGCUCAGGAUUUUCCUUCAGAUUGGAAGAACGAGCAGAAAAAAGAAAAGAGUUUUUCUCAAAGUUAGAAGAGAAAUUUCAGGAAAAGGAAGCAGAGAAAACUAACCAGCAAGAGAAAUCAAAGGAAAACCAGGAGGCAGAGAUCAAGCAGUUGAGGAAGACAAUGACGUUCAAAGCCACUCCAAUGCCAAGUUUCUAUAAGGAACCUCCUCCAAAAGUUGAAUUGAAGAAGAUACCUACAACACGACCAAUAUCCCCAAAGCUUGGAAGGCACAAAGUAUCUGCUGUGAACAAUUCAGAAGAUAAAUCUUGUUCUAGCCCACAGGCAAAGCAACAGCAGAAUGAUUCAGCUAAGGCAAAGGUAAAGGGUUAUAAAGAUGUGAUUUCAAAGAAACCAAUCAUAAAAACACAAUCCAAGCUGCAGUCUCAAGAAAAUGCAAUCAGGAAAACUGAAAGGGAUUCUGUAAGGUCUACCACAAGUAAGGCCUCAGGAAACAACCAAGAUGCAAAAGCAGGUAUCGGAAGCAAUGAAGAAUACCAAGAUCCACCAGUUAACAAUUCUGAACAUCAAAAUAUAAUGGAGCUAGAACCCGAAAAUGAUCUUGCUCAGAAAGGUGCACUGGUCUUAAAUUCAUCAACACCUGAGAUUGUUUCAUAUGAGGUUGCUGUUGGAGUGUAGAUUUGUAUAGACAGAAAGUAUUUAUGUAAACUUAGGAUCCUAUGUUGCCGGUUAUUUCAUUACUGUUGUGAAUAUUGAGCUUGCUUCAUGUUCAUCAUAAACAUAUAUUGCAAUUAAAGAUAGGUUGCUUGUUAUAUUGAACUGUUGCCAUUUGUAAUGAAUAGUGAGAGCCUUGUUAAUUCACUAUUU